AUGCCUGUAAACAAUGUAACUGUUUCUGAUUCAAGGCCAUCAUAUCAGAGUGGUGCAACGAUAGAUAUUCCUCUUGAUACUCAUUCUACCAAGAAUGUCAAAGCAAAGGAGAAAGAGCUUAAAGAAAAAGAGGCUGAACUGAAAAGGCGAGAGCAGGGUGGAGUUGAAAGGAGGGAGGAAGCAAUAGAACGAUCUGGAAUAGUGAUAGAGGAGAAAAAUUGGCCACCAUUUUGUCCUAUUAUCCAUAAUGACAUCGCAAAUGAAAUACCAACCCACCUACAACCAACCAUAUAUGUUGCUUUCGCAACUUUGAUAGACUUGGUUAUCUGCCUUCUCUACAAUAUAGCAGCCGCUACUACAGCAUGGAUCAAGGGAUACUGUUUAAUAAUUUGGCUUCUUGCCGUCAUAUAUACCUUAACCGGCAUCCCUGGAGGCUUUUACUUGUGGUAUAGUCCUCUUUAUAAGGCUGUAAGAUGUAAUGUCCGUAUUCCUUUUACAGGACUGACUGCGUUGAGAUUUGGAUCGUUUUUCUUGGGUUACUCCUUCCAUAUACUAUUUUGCGUUCUAGCUGCAAUUGCUCCUGGAUUCUUUUUCAGGGAAGGGUCCAUAACAGGUAUUUUGACUGCAUUGGAUCUUUUCACACAGAAUCGUGCUUUGGGGAUAAUAUACUUCGUGGGUUUUGGAUUAUUUCUCUGUGAAUCACUUGUGAGCAUCUGGGUUAUUCAGCAAGUAUUCAAGUAUUUCCGAGGCAGUGGUAAAGGUGCAGAGAUGAAGCGUGAGGCUGCAAGACGAACCAUGAUGUCAGCUCUAUGAGACGACGGAGAGGCGUAUUGAAUGAUGGUAAUU